AGAAGUUAACGCCGUAAGCCGGAAACGUCCCAGAAAUGCCGCAAGGCAUGACCGUGCAAAUUGGAAACGCAAAUACAUUUUUGCUGACUGUAUUCGACAAGAAAGUUUCCGUUCAAGUAGAUAAUAUUCAAAAGUAAGAUUACGGAACUGCCAAAUUUAUGUUAAAUAACACAAUUAAACAAAAAGAAGUAUAAAUUCUAAAUAAAUGCUACUCGGUAAAAUAUUUGGGAGCCAUAUCAAUAAUGAUUGACGUUUCAAUGUGUUGCUUAGCAACACAAGCCCAGGCGAGGCGACCUUUUAUUUUUUUUUUGUGCGAUUGUGUUGUUUCAUGCUGCGUUAUAAUGAGGAGAAACGAUAAAUUAGCAGGGAAUAAUCCCUUUUCUAAGGAAAAAGAAUCGAAGUUAGUCGUACAAACUAAACUGAAGAGAAGAAAAGAACGAGAUGAAAGUAGAAGAGAACGACGACGAGUGCAAACGGAGGAAGAAAGACAGAAAACCCUCAAAGAAACGAGUGAGAAAUCAGAAAAAUCGAAUAUCUUUACUAAACAUGGUGAAAAAGAAAGAAGAUCUUGGAUUCUGGGUGUGGGAAAUAUUUCGGCAUCGCCAAGUCCAACUCAAGAAGGUUCACCAAAAAUCGAUGCAAAAAGAAGACAAUAUAACAGAGCAAUGAGACGAAUGUUUGAUAUGGAAUCAAAGAAAAUAUCUUUCGAUAAUUUAUCAGACAGUUCAUCUUCUACUCCAGAACUCAAGAACUAUGCAGUUUCUGUACCUCAUACUUAUCAUGAAGAUGUUUAUCAUUCGUCACAAUUUCAAGUUUCUAAUCUCAUUCCACCAGUUAAGACAGAAUCGGAAACUGUGAUCUGCCGAAUUUGCCAAUCCGAUGAAGAUUCUUUUUCAAAUCAACUUGUGACACCUUGCAGUUGCACUGGAUCACUGAGAUAUGUUCACCACAAGUGUUUGCAGCAGUGGAGAAAAACUAAGAAGGCAUCAGGAGCUGAUAUCACAAAAUGUGAAUUAUGUCUGAAGAAAUAUGACACAGAGAUAUUGGGAAAAACAGAUGUUAAACCUGAUCAGACCAAAAAGUUGCAAGAAGAUCUUCGCAGACUUGUUAGAUCUGGUGUUUAUCUUAUGUUACUGGUGGACUUUUGUCGAGAUAGCGUUCAAAACUUAAUGCAAGAAAGAGAAUCAAUACAAGAAAAUCAAAGCAGUGUUCCUAUUGAGAUUCAUAAUAGCAGUGUUCCCCGGUCUGUCCAUCCUUCAAACAUACAGACCUCACCAGAAAGACCUAUGCAACGAACAGAAGGACAAGCUACACGCACAGAGCAGUCAUCAAAUCAUCGCACAACUGAAGCUAAUGUAACUGGGGAUAUUGACAGUUCAGAUAAUGACGAGUACAUAUCAAGAGCUCAACUAAAGCGGAGAAGCGAACACCAUAGAAACCACAGAUGACAUUUGUCCAAUCACCC